CGUCUCUCCACAACAAGCACAAGAAAAGAAGAACACAAAUUAGUAGGUACCAGUACUCCAUCGACUUCAAAGAUGUCUGGCUGGUUUCAAGAGAAGUCCGGGGAGGUGGUGGACGUGACCCAAGUUAAGGCCGGCGAGGCCAAGAAGAUGGCGUCCGAGACGGGGCAAUCCAUCCAGGACCGUGCCGUCGAGGCAAAAGACCAGACCGGCAGCUUCCUUGGCGAGAAGAGCGCGGCUGUCACGAAGGCUGCCUCCGAGACUACUGAGGCGGCCAAAAAGAUGGGUGGCGAGGCCAUGGGGAAGGCGUCCGAGACAGUGGAAGCCGGGAAGGAUCGCGCCGUCGAGGGCAAAGACCAGACGGGCGGCUUCCUCAGCGAGAAGACUGAGGCUGUCAAGAAGACGGCCACCGAGACCACCGACGCCGCCAAGGAGAAGUCUACCGAGGCCGCGCAGUAUGUCCAAGACACCGCUGCACAGUACACCAAGGAUCCCCCGGUCGCCCCCAAGGAAAACGUCUUCCAGCAGGCUGGCGGGAAUAUGAUGGGUGCCGCGACGGGUGCCAAGGAUGCUGUGAUGAACACACUCGGGAUGGGAGGAGACAAAUAAGAUGCGGGUAGCGGCACCAAGAAGAUCAUAAACGAUAAUUAGACGCGCCUGCUUACCCUCGCCCUCCUUUCGUUUUGUUAUUCCCCCAAUAUAAAUUAAAUUUCAGUUUCAAGAGACUGAUUUAUACACACUCCUUGGUGUAACUUUGUUUGAUGUAUGCGACCGAGGUAUGAAUAUAUUUUUCACAAAAUCA